UUUGUCGCUGCGUUUACCUUUGUGCGUUCUUUUGCUCCGUUCCGUUUCCCGUUCCGGUUCCUCGACGCCAACGCCGCGUGUGUGAGUGUGUGCCGGAAGGUGUUCGGUCGCGCAGUUUUCUGCGAAGACAAGCGAAUUUAAUUGAAUCCCACGUUCCCCGAUCGGGCGCAAUUGUUUCCCGGGUGUUUGGGGGUGCAGGUGCGCAUAGGUAGCCGAGGUGCGGAAAGUGUGCGUGUCUUUGUGCGUGCGUUUGCGUUUGAUUUUCGCGCGUAUCGAAUGUUUUGAACGUGUGCCCGUGCGUCGUGUCGUGUUGUCCCGUUUUGUACCGUGAUUGUUGAUUGUGCCCCCCUCCCCCAACAGCCACGUGAUAAUCGAUCGAUUGCUGCCGGGUGCCGGGAAAAGUGAGCAAAAGUUUUGGUGCGGCCAUUCAGCGAGCAGAAAAAGAAAGCCACAAAAAAAAGAAGUUAGAGCAAAAGGGCAACGAUAUCCCCUAGUGUGCUACCGUUUUGUGCUAGAAAGUGUGAAGUAAGAGUAAUAAAUAUAUUUAGAUACGCAAUGGCCGGUUCGCGUGGAUUAAGGAGCUGUACGCCACCGCGGUUCGUCCUUUGCGCCGCGCUGGUGUUGCUCGUCUUCACCCAACCCGGUGCGUCGUCAGUUCCGGCCUGGUCCCGGGUUCACCGGACGGCUCGGGAUACGGCCGGGGGUCGCGAGCACGGUUCGAUGAUGUCCUGCGAACGGGUGAACAACUUUUUCUCCUCCAUCAAUGUAACCGUCAGCCCGACAGCUCAAGGCGGAGCGCUCGAGCAAGGGCCAGUCUGUGGUGGUAUGUGCUGCGAUGCCGAAACCGAGCGGCAGCUGCAAGCGAAGGCGUCGAAAAAUUUCGAAAGACUAGUCAAACACCACAUCCGCAGCCAGCGAGGGCUCUGGGAGACAACUGCUAAUCUCUACAAAGAUUACCUGCUGCAGCUUACGCACCAGUCCGAGAACAAAACGCACGUCCUCUUCUCGAACGUGUACAGAAAGAUGGCGCCAUUGUCGCGCGAACCGAUCCACGACCUGUACGAAACGAUCCGGCUACACAUGGUCUCCGAUCGGCCCGGGGACGAUCUCGAGCUCAUGACGAGAAAGUUCUUCCGGAAUCUCUUCCCGGUGGCGUACCAUCACGCGAUCCACUCGGACGUACUGCACGGUACGGAGCGAAGCCGAUCAAGCGAGGCGAUCGUCAGCAACCGCGACUUCCACGGUGACUACAAGAACUGUCUGGUGCACACGUACGAUGGUCUCAAACCGUUCGGUAUGGUGCCCCAGAAGCUGGCCAGCUCGCUGGUGUCCUCGGUGAAUGCUGCCUCCGUGUUGCUGCGAGCCUUUCGCGAAGGAGCUGAGGUCCUGCUGAACCUGGAAGAAGUCGGUGUGUCCGCACCGUCCUGUCAGAAAGCGCUCCUGCGCAUGAACUAUUGCGGCAGCUGCAAGCGAUACAACCACCUGCACGAUAAACCCUGCGUCGGACUGUGCCAUAACGUGAUGCGGGGCUGUCUGAUCGAGUUCGUUGGUGCACUCAACAAGGGCUGGAGCACGCUCACGGAAGCGAUCGUGCUGCUGAUCCGCACCGUUCGAUCACCCGAUGGCAUCGAAGCGGAGAUCAAAUCACUCGACGUGAAGCUAUCGAACGCCAUCAUGCACGCGAUGGAAAAUGGACCGCAGCUUGAAAAACAGGUGGAACAAGCUUGCGGAAUCCCAUCGAUGAUGCCGUCGGAGUAUCUGGCCGACGGAGCGUACGAUGACGCACCACAAACGCCAACUGCGGGCAGCAAGUGGUCGUUCGCGCCCAACAACGAUAUGCUCCAGUUCGAGAUGACCAUCGACAAGAACAAGGAUCUCUUCAUUCAGCUAUCGACGACGCUCUGCGAAGAUGAGGACUAUCACCCGACGGACGAGGACUGCUGGACGGGCAGUAGCCUGAGUGACUACACGCAGCAGGUGGUGACGACGAUCGGUGAUCGGUACAAUCCGGAGGUGAUGUACAACGCCACGGCCACGGUGUCACCGCACAUGCAGACGCUUGUCGAUCGACUGAUCAACCUUAAGACGGCUGUCAACAAAGCGUACGCGUUCAACACCUUCCGAGGGGACGUGGAUAACAUGCAAUCGGACAUGGCGGAAGGAUCGGGCGAUUCGUACGCCUCCGAUGACGACGAGGACAGCGAUCUUGCUUCCGGUUCCGGUGAAGGAAUCGGUGGACGAUCGGGUCUGGAUCUAAACACGAGGGUGAUCCCCCCGAUGAGGGACAUGGUCCCAUCGAAAGGAAUCUCGGCCAGCUCCAGCUGGAGCUUGCUCACGCUGUCCACGAUCGUGCUGUCCCUGCCGCCGUUGCUGCUGCACGCUCUAAGCGAUCGGGCCAGUAGGCACUGAGCCGGUCCAAGCAGGACAACGCGUCGCGGUUUAUCAAACCGGAUCAGGAGAAAACACGCGGUAUCCCGCACACGUGCCCGGUGGAAGCAUGCAACCCGGGUUUAUCUCUUCCCGUUGUCGCCGUGUAGUACUGGAGUCGCGUACUUUGCUUAGUCGUUGGUAGAAACAAAACAAAACAAAACAAAAAAGAUAUCGUAGCUAGACCAUUAAAAAAAAAGGGCAAGAAAGAAAGGCAGGAAUGAAAAUAACUCAAAAAAAAAAGUGAACAAAACUCAUCUAAAAAACUCUUCGAAAACCUUGAACCUUGAAGCACCUAAUUUGCUACUAACCCAA